AUGGACUCAGACAGGAGGAGGGACAGCCGGAGUUGGGACUGGGACAGCCCGCAGUGUCGAGCCCAGCUGGAUGGGAUCUUUUUCCGUGAGAAUGACUACAUCCAGGCUGGCAGUCCCGAACACAAAGAGUUCUGGGCUUUCUUUGACCGUUUCCAGAGGUUCAGAACAAAAAGAGACAUGUCUGGUUCUGGAAAGGACUCCAUAGAGGAGGGGACAGACAGAAGCAAAGCUGAAGAUCUUGGUCUUCCUAAAGAGUACGACGCUCGAUACAGGAUUAAUGUGUCUGUGUGUAGCAGGGACAUCGAGGAGAGGCUGGGGAAGUCGGACCACAGAAACCGGCAGAGAUCUUCAGGACCGGGGUCGCAGGAGAUCUCAGACUGUCGCCUGACCCUGCUGCACUUCUUGGACUUCAGCCAGAAGCAGAGCUUUGGAAAGCUGGCCAAGCUUCGCCGAGAGCAGAAGAACCUUCCCAUCUUCCAGUACCGGGACCGGAUCGUGGAGCUGGUUCGACUUCACUCUGUGGUCGUGGUGGCAGGAGACACAGGCUGUGGGAAAUCCACCCAAGUGCCUCAGUACCUCCUCUCAGCUGGCUUCAGCCACAUCGCCUGCACUCAGCCGCGGCGUAUUGCCUGCAUCUCUCUGGCAAAGAGGGUCAGCUUUGAGAGCCUCAACCAGUAUGGAUCAAAAGUUGGGUACCAGAUCCGCUUUGAGACCACUCGGACCACGUCCACCAAGCUGCUCUUCCUGACCGAGGGUCUCCUGCUGCGACAGAUCCAACAGGAGAAGUCGCUGUCUCAGUACCAGGUGAUGAUCGUGGACGAGGUCCAUGAGAGACACCUCCACUGCGACUUUCUCCUCGGGGUCCUUCGCUCUCUGUUGAAGGACCGCCCCGACCUGCGGCUCAUUCUCAUGUCGGCCACCAUCAACAUCAAACUCUUCUCCGAGUACUUCGACAACGCUCCUGUGCUGCAGGUUCCAGGGAGGCUGUUUCCCAUCCAGGUGAUUUAUCAGCCCAUUCCCCCUGAGGAGCAGCCCUCCCGCUCAGAGAAACUGGACCCCAGGCCGUACCUCCGGAUCCUGCAGGGCAUCGAUCAGCGUUACUCUCCGGAGGAGCGAGGAGACCUGCUCCUCUUCCUCAGCGGCGUGGCGGAGAUCUCCACCAUCCAGGAGGCCUGUCAGAUUUACGCCACACACACUCGUCGCUGGAUCGUCUUACCUCUGCACAGCACCCUGUCCCUGGCUCAGCAGGACAAGGUGUUUGACAUCUCUCCGCCUGGUGUGAGAAAGUGCAUCAUCUCCACCAACAUUGCCGAGACGUCAGUCACAAUAGAUGGAGUUCGCUUCGUCGCUGACUCAGGAAAGGUGAAGGAAAUGAGUUUUGAUCCGAAGGCCAAGAUGCAGCGUCUGCAGGAGUUCUGGAUCAGCCGAGCCAGUUCUGAGCAGAGGAAAGGCCGAGCCGGACGCACGGGUCCAGGCGUCUGUUACCGUCUGUACUCGGAGUCCGACUACAACGCCUUUGCUCCAUAUCCUGUCCCUGAGAUCCACAGGGUGGCUCUGGACUCGCUGAUCCUCCAGAUGAAGAGUAUGAGUCUUGGAGAUCCUCUGUCGUUUGUCUUCAUCGAUCCACCUCCGACUGCGAGUAUCCAGACUGCGGUUACGUAUCUGAGGGAGCAGGGGGCGCUAGACGGCCGUAACGAACUGACAUCUAUCGGGAGUCUGCUGGCUCAGCUGCCUGUUGACGUGGUCAUAGGGAAGAUGCUGGUGUUGGGAUCUUUGUUUAACUUGGUGGAGCCCAUGCUGACUGUGGCAGCCGCCCUGAGCGUUCAGUCGCCGUUCCUGCGCAGCUCACAGCAGAACCCGGACUGCGCCACCGCUCGCCAGCCGCUGCACAGCAACCAGGGAGACCCCUUUACCCUGCUCAACACCUUCAAUGCCUGGGUAGAGGUGAAAGGGGAGCGGGGUGGCGGCUCCAGGAAGUGGUGCAGGAGGAGAGGCCUGGAGGAGCAGCGUCUGUAUGAGAUGGUCAACCUGCGCCGACAGUUUAAGGACUUGCUGAGGAGCCACGGCCUGCUGGAGUCCGAGGACCACGCGCCCUCUGGUGGUGGCCGCGAGCAGCGCAGGGAGAGGCUGACGGAGAGGAGAAAGCUGCAUCAGAUGAAACGAGAUCACGAGCAGCAGGAGGGGAGCAAACGUAAAGUCCUGAGGCUGGAAGAGGGCCAGGACGGAGAGUUCUCCUCUGGAUCGGACACAGAGGACAGAAGGCGAGGCAGGAAAGACAAGGAGGGACCGGGACAGGAUGUGGACAUACAGGAAGUGAAGUUUAAGCUGCGUCACAACGUGUCUGCGCUCCAGGAGGCGGUCAACAUCAGUCAGGACUUGUCUUCACGUCAGCAGGCCUUGCUCAAGCUGCUGGUCUGUCGAGGCCUCUACCCUCAGCUGGCCCUGCCCGACGAGCACAACUCCACCCGCAAAGAGUCUGAGCAGGUGUUUCACACCAGGAACAAGCAGGGAGUGGUGAUCCACCCAACCAGCGUGUUUGCCAGUGAUCCGGAGGUGUUGCACGUACCUGAGGACGACAGCAGAGAAAUGGGCCCUGAUCGGAGGGACAGCAGCAAACACCAGCUGUUGGCCUUCGUCACUCUGCUGGAGACCAACAGGCCCUAUUUGUCCAACUGUGUUCGGGUUCCAGCUCUGCAGGUUCUGCUGCUGGUAGCCAACAGCUUGGACACCAACGCUGACUGUACGCGGCUGGUGGUGGACGGUUGGCUGGAGCUGGAACUGAAGGUGCCUGAGGAGGCUCUGAGGGUUCUGUCCUCAGCCCUGAGCCUCAGAGCUGAGUGGGAGCGCCUGCUGCAGACACAGCUGGGUCAGAACUCAACAGGAGAGCCAUCAAACCAGGGGGGGACCCGCAAGGGCAGAGAGAAGUUGAGUGAGGGCCUGGUCCGCUUCCUGCUCUACACAGAGGUUUGUUACAGCCUUCGUCGACUCUCAGCUCUCCAGACCCAGAACCUUUACGUUGGUCCUCAGUGUCAGUCGGACUCGUCUUACUCUAAAGCUCCAGACAUGAACCCGUUGUUCCCAGGAGCAGAAGCCAAACCGGACCCAAUUAAAGGAGGUCUGCGAGUGACCAGUUUCUUCACCUACAACUGCCUCACUGACUCAAAGGAUCUGUACAGCGAGUGUCUACGGACCUUCUGGAGCUGUCCUAACUGUGAUCUCUACAUGCCUCUGACUCCUCUGGAGCGCAUGCACCACGAAGCUUCCUGCAGACCUGCUGGAGAACAGCAGCAGCAGGACAAGGAUUCGGAGGGAGGAAGAGCGGGCUCCUCCUCGGCGUCCUGUCUGACGAGGGUUUAUCACUGUGACGUCUGUAACGAAGACCUGAAGCUCACCUCCACCGAGAUCCUCAAACACAAGCGGCAGCACAUGUAUUCAGCCAAGUAGUCGAUUACGUCAUGAGGAGUCUCUGCUCACAAAACACUGGUUAU